AAACCAAUUUAAGUUAGCAUUGUGAACGUACCUGUAAGAAAAUGAGGGUGCAUCAUACAUAUUUUUUUCUCUACGUUACGUUGAAACAUUUCGUUUGCCUGUCGCUUACAAUGAGAAGAACAACGACGAUGAACCACAAACCAUCGUUUAUAGAGAAAGAUGAAGAUAAUCUGAUAGAACAACAGACUUAUGCAAAUAAACAUGAUACUAAUAGUAAUAUUGCGUUCAAUUUCAUAAGAAAUAUCAACAACAAUCACUUCAAAAUAAAAAACAGAAGUUACCUCGACAACAUAUAUAGCCAUUUAAAUAACAAUAUAAAUAAAAACAUAAGGAACACAUUACGACAUGAGCCCAAGAAGAGCGUCUUGCCGGACCACUGGCGUAAACUGUACGCGGACCGCUUCCUGAGACCUCUGGAGCCAGCGGAAGAAAAACGUUUGCUUGAACGAAGAGCUGGGGUUUUCGAAGUCCAAGUUUUGGGAGCGAAGGACAACCUCAAGGUUCUUGUGGACGAGAAACUGGUGUACAGUGCGGUGGGCGAGGCUACGGACGGCGUGCACGCGCUGGCGCUGUCAGGCGACGGAGAAGUGAUGCUUCGUCGCGACUUCCGUACUCGACAACCCGCGGAGACUGAACUGCUUGGCCAAACCCUGACGAACCUGCAACCCGGGGCUCUGGUAGUAUUGGUCAUGAUGUUCACUGCCGGGGACUUCCUGAGGAAUACAGAGCGCAUGCUGCUGCAGCACCUGGGGAUGAGGGGCGACACCGUGGGAGGAGCCCUCAAGUUAGGUGCUGAUUUGGCGCAGGGUAUCGACUCGUCUCCAUACCUCAUCGACAACGCACAACUGAGACAACGAGCUAGAGCUGAGUACGCAAAGAGAUCUAAAAAACCUUACGAGGCACUGGUGCUCACACCGGAUGGGAGAGAAGUGAAGAAAAAGCUGCAAAAUGGUGAAAAUCUACUUUUGGGAUACACUGGAUACGUUGACACUGACGACCCGUCUAUACUCAUCAGUGUUGUUCCCGAAAACUGGCCACCACAAAAUGCUGAGGAGGAGUUUGCGGCGCGUGUCUAUCUGGAAACAGCAGUGGUCUUCAAAGGUUAUAAGAACAAACAAUCCAGCAUUGAUGUUUCAGUGCUCAUAGCCAAGGGCCGAGGAACAGAAUGUGACUGGCACCGAGACCCCAGGCGACAGAAGCAGGCGCAGUUUUGUCGCCGCUACGAAGGGUACGGAACUUUGUGCCGCUGUAAGGACCCUUUGGACCCCCAGCGACUGCGGCGGUCAUCGAACUUCAUCCCCAUGUCGGAGAUCAUCCCUAUCGCGAUGCUCACCGCCACCAAGUGUCACUUUUUUUACCGGCAGCUGAUAAGUCUCCUACUGGCUACGGGUGCUGCUCAAACCGAUAUUUUGGUCCUCAUCGAUGGUCAUCAGGAAGAGACGGCACAGCUGGCCGCGAUCUUCGGCUUGCCGGUAAUCGAGCACCGUCACGAGGGAGACGCCGGUACCAGCACUCCCCUCAACGCGCACUUCAGAUUUUCUUUGUUCACGGCCUUCUCGACCUUCCGCAACGCCUCUAAAGUCAUCAUCUUAGAGGACGACCUCAUCGUCUCGCCUGACUUCAUAAGCUACUUCCACCAGACGGCGUGGCUGCUGGACGCUGACGCCACACUCUACGUCGUGAACAGCUUCUCCCUCAACAGCUGCCCCACGGUCGCCGCUGACGCCACGCGUGUCAGGCGCUCACAAAUGUUCCCCCAGUUCGGCUGGAUGGUUACAAGGGAAUACGCUCAAGAAAUCCUUCAUUUUUGGGUCGACAACUCGGACACAUCUUGGGACUGGGAUUGGAGGCUACAUCAUCCGCGUCUUCGUCGGGGACGGCAUUCACUGGUCCCGGAAGUGUCCCGAAGUUUCCACUCUGGUUCGUCUGGAGCUCACAUCAAUGGAUGGAGCCAAGCCCUCAUAUUCUCCAAUAUGAUCUACAACCACGACCCAGAUGUCAAGCUUAAAAAUUUACACUUACUCCAAGCUAACGUCUACGCUGAUUAUUUUUCGAGUGAACUCAGAAGGGCGAAAGUCCUUUCAAUGGCUAAUGGCUUCAACCCCUGCCUCGUGGAAACUAUUCCGGAGGAACUGCGGCCCGGUCCCGUCAUAAUUCAUCUGGAGGCCAACUCGCACAACGACCUCAAUUCGUCCCUCGUUCUCCUGGCUAAGUGCCUACACACUUACCCGGAUCACGCUUUUGACAACUACGAAGGUGUGAUGCAGUACACCAUCACGGACAUCACUCCACACACCACACUAUACGUCGUGGCCUGUCCCAUCUCACCAUACUGUGGGAUCAUUAAAAACGCGACGAUGACGCCACAUCGUCCAGGCGCCAUGGAGCAAGUGUCACGGUAUGACAGCGCCUGGAGACUUGCUAGGUGGUACAGCAACACCAGGGAGGUGCGCUACUCCAACCACAGUGCAACGUAUUACGGCCUGGCGUAGACGUAGCCUCAAAGUGGUGCGUCAAUCUCUAGGUGGUAUAGCAACACCAGGUAGGCGCGCCACUCCAGCCAUAGAGCGCAGUAUUGCGGUCUAGUGCCAAAGGAUACUGGUUGAAUAGAACCACAGGGGAACGCAUUACGACCUAAAAUGAAUUUUAGGAAAUAUUUAAUAUUGUUUUAGUUAGAAAUGUGGUGAAUUUUUUAUCGGAAGAGUUCCUAACGGUAGUAAACCCAUUCAAUCUGAACACUGUUUUGGCAAAGCUUUAUGUUUAUUCUAUUCACUUACUUGAAUUUAGAUGGCUAUUCAUUCACUGCCUAGAUUUUAUGCUGGAAUGUUAACUGCUCGACGUAAUGCGCCCAGCUGAAUGAGGAGGACGUGGUAGUAAAUAGCCUGCCCCACCACUCCUCCCUUUAUGCUCCGCCAGUCUUGAAUGACGAUUUCGAAACGUCGUAGCAACGUAGGCAGGUACGUACCGCGCUCAACUGCAUUUACAAACUAGACACGAUUGCACAUGAAUAAGGAGAAUAGCUCUGUAACAACAGAAAAAACUAUUUGUAAUUUGUUCAUCAACAGAAGAUGAAUAUUGCAAAUUGAAGAUUAAAACAAUUUCGGCAAACAAAAUCAACUUUCAAUUAGAUCAAAUUAAAAAAUUUUAAUAAUUCAACUUUAAAUUCAUUUUUAAAAUAAUUCAAAUCGUUCGUUAUUGUUGCUCGAUUGGUAUCGUAGGUUAUACUUAAACAUAUAAAUCAACGCACUUUUCCUUAUUAAUUUUAGCGGUGAUUUCUAAAUUAGUAGUCAGCAGAGUUUAUUUACAAAGAAAAGUUGUAAUAACAAGAUAAU